UUAACUUUCAAUUAAUUUACUAUAAAUGGUAGGUCGCUGUUAAGUUUAACGCAAUAGUGUGUACGGUAUCAUAGAUAUAAGUGCGUAUAAUAUUAUUAUUAAAUAGGAACAUUAUUACUGGUUGGAAAUCGGAAUAACCAACCAAUACCAUACAAAAUGGGAGUUUUCAGUUUGGUAUCAUUAGCGUUAUUCGCCAUCGGAUCUUUUGCUGCACACGUACCGAAGUCAACCGCAAACGAGGAAAGUUUUGUUGGAGGAAAGAAAUGGGUAGUUUUGGUAGCUGGUUCGGAAGGAUGGAGCAAUUACAGACAUCAGGCGGACAUAUGUCAUGCAUACCAAAUAGUUAAAGAAAACGGUAUACCAGAAGAAAACAUCAUAACAAUGAUGGUGGAUGACAUUGCUUACAAUUCAAGGAAUCCAACGCCAGGAAAGAUCAUUAACAAGCCCAAGGGCAAUGACGUUUAUCAAGGAGUUAUAAUCGACUACAAAGGAGACGACGUGAACAAAUCAAAUUUCCUAAAAAUCAUCACUGGUGAUCAAGCAGGCAUGCGAUCUAUUGGAACUGGCAAAGUCGUUCUAGGGGGACAACUCGAUAGAAUUUUCAUUAAUUUCGUCGAUCACGGUGCGUCUGGAUUAUUAGGUUUCCCGGAUGAUUAUUUAUAUGCUGAUGAAUUGAACGAUGCGUUUACUACUAUGAACAACAAUGAAUCUUAUAAAAAGAUGUUGUUGUACAUUGAAGCGUGUAAAGCUGGAUCUAUGUUUGAUGGUAUACUUAGUGAAGACACAAACAUUUUCGCUGUAACCGCGUCUGGGCCUAGAGAAAGUUCAUACGGUUGCUACUGCCAGUCUGAAUCUGGGCCGUACAAGACAUGUCUUGGAGAUCUGUUCAGUGUCACAUGGAUGGAAGAUUUAGACAAGCCUACGUCGAAACAGUCGGCAAGGAAACGAACCGUUUUCAACGACUUCACUGUGACCAGAACCAACGUCACCAAAAGUAAUGUCAUGAUUUACGGAGAUUUGGACACAGGAAGCGAAAAACUAUCUUCGUUCAUCGGUUAUAGAGGAAGUGGCGGCGACGACUCGUCGUUUGUGCAACAAUCAGACGAGCUGAAUAUAAAAAACACAGCGUCCAGUCGAGAUGUGCACGAAAGCAGCGUAAAAUAUGAAUUGGAGCAUGAUAUGUUGUCACUUCCAGAAGCCCUCAAAUUGACAGCGAAAUUACGUAAAAAUAAUGAGAUGAGAUCAGUCAUAGAUUCUGUGUUCCGGGACAUCUACUCGGAGGUCGUGAAGGAAAGACCGGACGUCAAGAGCGAAAUCGGUGAAUACGACGAACCCAACAAUCUAAAACUGAAUUUGGCCAUGUUCCCGUGCUACAGAAGUGUUUUGAAUCUAAUCACCGAGAACUGCUUUUCUUUGCCAAAGAAUCCAUACGUGUUGGAUCACUUAACGGUUUUCGCUAACAUGUGUGUCGCCGACAAUCAAAUCCACGAAAUGGUCGGCAGUAUUGUCACUAAAUCAUGUUCGAAUAUUCCAAAAAAUAUAAUAAACGUACAAUAAAAUCGUGUGUUAAAAUGUUAUAUUAUUAAAGUGUUAUAUUAUUAUUCAA